CAAAUGGACUCCGGAAGAGGUUGAAUUUGUGCAGAAGUUCCAUGAGAAAUAUGGUUCUGACUGGAAAACUAUGGCUGAGAUACUUGGCAAACAUAGGUUUCAUGUGAAAGAUACAUGGCGUAGAAUAAAACUUAAAAAUAGGAAAGAAGGAAGAUGGUCUCAAGAGGAGUACCAAAAUUUAUUUGAUUUAGUGAAUAAGGAUUUGCGUUUGAAAGCUCUUGAGGAAGUAAAAAAAAGCAAACAUGGGAUGUUGCGGGAUAAUAUAUCUUGGACAGCAAUUAGUGACCAGUUAGGUACUAGAACUACUCCUACGUGCUGUCUUAAAUGGUAUAACCAAUUAACAUCUCCUAUGGUAGCUCAAGGUGAGUGGCUUGAUGUGGAUGACUAUAACCUUGUGAUUGCGCUUUAUGAUUUGGAUGCGUGUUGCAUGGAAGAUGUGGACUGGGAUAGUCUUCUGGAACAUAGGUCGGGUGAUUUAUGCCGAAAAAGAUGGAGCCAAAUGGUCAAACACAUUGGUGAACAUGGGAAUAAGUCAUUUGCUGACCAGGUUGAAGUUCUUAUGCAGCGAUACUGCCCAGAUGUUCUUGAAGCAAGAGAAGCUCAUAACAGCAAACCUACAGUUACUUGAGGUUCUAAAUGCAACUAGGAACAAGAGGAGAUAUAGGCGAUGGAGCUGGCUGAUUUCUUUUGAGCCCCAAUAGUGGUCACAGCUGUUGUGGCCUUUGUGUUACUGGUCACACCAGGAGAUUACUUUUGCUGCAAGGUACUGAUCGAUUUGAUGGAUAAUCAGAAGCACAGAAUCUUGAUGGUUUCAGACUUUUUCUAUCCCAACUUUGGUGGUGUGGAAAACCACAUUUAUUACCUUUCCCAGUGCCUGUUAAAGCUUGGUCACAAGGUGGUGGUUAUGACUCAUGCUUAUGGUAAUCGCGCUGGGGUGAGAUACAUGACUGGUGGGCUGAAAGUUUACUAUGUACCAUGGAGACCAUUUCUUAUGCAGAACACUUUACCAACUUUUUAUGGGACACUUCCAAUUAUAAGGACCAUUCUUAUUCGAGAAAAAAUAUCAUUGGUACAUGGUCAUCAAGCAUUCUCAACUUUAUGUCAUGAAGCUUUGAUGCAUGCACGUACUAUGGGUUACAAAGUUGUUUUCACUGAUCAUUCACUUUAUGGUUUUGCUGAUGUUGGAAGCAUCCACAUGAAUAAGGUAUUGCAGUUUACUUUAGCAGAUGUAACUCAGGCCAUAUGUGUUUCUCAUACAAGCAAGGAAAACACGGUGCUACGAUCAGGUCUUCCUCCAGAAAAGGUCUUUGUGAUACCAAAUGCUGUGGACACUGCAAUGUUCAAGCCUUCCCCAGAGCGACCUGGUGGUGAUGAAAUUGUCAUUGUUGUCAUAAGUAGACUGGUAUAUCGAAAGGGUGCAGACUUGCUUGUUGAAGUCAUUCCAGAAGUUUGUCGUUUGCAUCCAAAUGUUCGUUUUGUUGUUGGUGGAGAUGGACCUAAACGUGUGCGGCUGGAAGAGAUGAGGGAGAAGCAUUCUCUUCAAGAUCGAGUUGAAAUGUUGGGCGCUGUGCCACAUGCUCAUGUUCGGUCUGUCCUGAUUUCUGGCCAUAUAUUUUUAAACAGUUCUUUAACCGAAGCAUUUUGCAUAGCAAUAUUAGAGGCUGCUAGUUGUGGAUUAUUGACAGUCAGUACACGAGUAGGAGGUGUCCCUGAGGUUCUACCAGAUGACAUGAUUGUACUUGCAGAACCUGAUCCUGGUGAUAUGGUACAAGCAAUUAGAAAAGCAAUUUCUAUUCUUCCAAAAAUUGACCCACAAGUUAUGCAUGAUCGAAUGAAGAAACUCUACAAUUGGCAUGAUGUGGCCAAACGGACAGAGAUUGUAUAUGAUCGUGCUUUGAAAUGUCCCAAUCAAAAAUUUUUGGAACGACUCUCACGGUACCUCUCAUGUGGUGCUUGGGCAGGGAAGCUUUUCUGCUUGGUUAUGAUCAUUGAUUUUUUGCUAUUGCAUAUAGUGCAAUUAUGGCAGCCAGCAGAGAAUAUUGAAGAAGUACCUGAAUUCACUGUUCUUAAUCACCAAGAUAGAGAGAGGUUCUUGAACUUCAGCGAUGGUCAAAGCUCGAAAUGAUAUAUUUGAAGACUCGAUUUUUUUUCUUGCAUAUCUUUUUUCUGCAAGAAAAGGAAAGAUUGCGUUUGAAACAUUGCAGCUGUUAUGUAAUUGACAUUAACCUGAAGAGGGAAGAGAGUUAAAAGAAGACUAACCGACCGAGUUUUACUUUGUGGAGAAGCUUAUACCAUUGAGCAUUGGUUGUAAGAACUAAUAUAAUGCUUUCUUAGCAAAGACUUUAUGAUAAUACUGAUGUUUUAAUAGAAGAUCACAAAGACAUUUUAGGGCCAGUUGUUGCAUUAUUACCCUCAGGAGCAGUGGUGGAUGAAGAUGGAAUGGAUCAUUCCUCUUGAUUCGAUUUCUAAUAGAAAAUGGCUAUUGUACAGUAGCCACACGACAUUUCAUUUUUUUGCUGCUUCUUUUUUAUUUGUAAUAUAUGUAAAUGGCAAAUAUCUUCAUCCCACUAGGCUAAGAUUAAAUCCUGCUCUCGUCGAGUGGGUCCAGUAAAGGGUAGACGCUUCCAGCUUCAACCUCAAUUAGGGGAAAAUGACUAUUGUAUAAUAGCCUCAUGAUUGUUGAAUUUUAUUAUCAUUUUCUUAGAAAUAGUCAGUUAACCAUUUUAAUAUGGGA